CCCGGCCCGAGCCGCGCGGGACGCGCUCGGCAUGUCGCCGGUCGGUGCGGCCCGCACCGCAGCGUCCUCCUUCUACGUCGACUGCCGCGACGAGAGCGCGCCGCUGGACGCCUGGGACCACACGCAGAAGGUUUGUUUGGACAAGAGAUGGCUCUACGAUUGGCAGGUGCCGCAGACCCCGGGCGCGUCGAGCUUCGCCACCCUCUGCAGUGACCCCGUGUACGAUCCACAACACUCAGACGGGCGAGUGGGACCAGUGCUGCCAGCGCACCAGGGUCGUCAGACCAGGGGGUGGCAUCUUCGGCAAGAUGAAAGCCCUCCUCGUCGAGAAGAAAGUUAAGUAUUGGGCGUGCAAGCCCAUGGAGGAGCUGCGGCACCAGUAC